AUCGAGACGAGAUGACAUAGAUAUAUUGUAAGCAACUUAAUGUACACAUUUAUACAAUAUGGGAGUGUUAGGCAGGAUGUUUUCUGUAAAAGUUUUAUUCAUUUUGGUUAUUGUUAUCAAUGAUCUACCUGACAGUGCAGCAAACAACUCAAGUUCAAUUCAACAAGGGGAUGGAAGCUGUUCGUUUACAAACAACGACACGUGUGGUUACGACGUAAUAGGCCCGUGGCGAAUUCAUCAGGGACAGUCCUCGUUUUUAGGACGCACAAUUAUAAUGGGUGGCAAAGAUGACGACUUCUAUGCGUUAUUUGUACCAGACCAAGUAAUAGGAAAUUACCUGAACAACAUGGCCUCUCCGCUGUUACCAGGAGGCAUAGCGUGUCUCAGUUUCUACUACACUAUCCCUGCUGCCACGACAACACUUCAAGUGAUGACACGCACAGAGGACAACGUCAGAGUGGAACUGUGGAACGUGACUGAGCGUGCAAGGAGGAACUGGACUAGAGUGGAGGGACUGGUUGUCGAAAACAUAGAUCAUUUUGUGGUGGAUUUUGUCGCACGAGCGUCUCCCAAUGGUCUUAUCGGAAUCGAUAACAUAACGAUUGAAAGUUUCACUUGUGAUAAUGGAUACCUGCCCAUCAAAGAGGACGUUAUGGAUGUUUGUGCAGGCCGCAGUAAUGGUCUGCCUAAAUGUGAACCUGUCGAAUGUGGCAACGCAAGCAAUGCUGCCAAUGCCUUCAUUAAUUAUUUUAACGGUACCACCUAUAAAUCCUAUGCUGAGGUCACGUGUAACGUCGGAUACAGAAUUAUGAAUGGCGGAGCUAACUACAAUGUGCACGAAUACAUACAGUGUCUGGAAACGGGAAUGUGGAAUAUGUCUUCGGGAUGUGAGCUCAUAGAAUGUGGCAACGCAAGCAAUGCUGUCAAUGCCGUCAUUAAUUAUUUUAACGGUACCACCUAUAAAUCCUAUGCUGAGGUCACGUGUAACGUCGGAUACAGAAUUAUGAAUGGCGGAGCUAACGGCAAUGUACGCGAAUACAUACAGUGUCUUGAAACGGGAGUGUGGAAUAUGUCUUCGGGAUGUGAGCUUAUAGAAUGUGGCAACGCAAGCAAUGCUGCCAAUGCCGUCAUUAAUUAUUUUAACGGUACCACCUAUAAAUCCUAUGCUGAGGUCACGUGUAACGUCGGAUACAGAAUUAUGAAUGGCGGAGCUAACGACAAUGUACGCGAAUACAUACAGUGUCUUGAAACGGGAGUGUGGAAUAUGUCUUCGGGAUGUGAGCUUAUAGAAUGUGGAAACGCAAGCAAUGCUGUCAAUGCCGUCAUUAAUUAUUUGAACGGCACCACCUAUAAAUCCCAUGCUGAGGUCAGGUGUAACGUCGGAUACAGAAUUAUUAAUGGCGGAGCUAACAACAAUGUGCAGGAAUACAUACAGUGUCUUGAAACGGGAGUGUGGAAUAUGUCUUCGGGAUGUGAACUUAAAGAUUGUGGACGUUUACAUGUACCACUCAAUGGUAACAUAUCACACCACAACCACUACAUACGGGUCAACGGCUACAAUAUCUUGUCAGAUGGGAUACAUCCUUCAUGGAAGUGGAAAAUCCACAUGUUUUAGCAAUGCGCUAUGGGGCAGCACUGGUCAUACAUGUAAGCCUGUUGAUUGUGGUUAUCUAACUGAACCACAAUAUGGCAACGUGUCGUACACCAACACCACAUACAGAUCUACGGCUAUAAUAUCGUGUCAGACAGGAUACCGCCUUAAUGGAAGUAAUACAUCCGGCUGUGACAGCAAUG